AUGUCACAAGCAAAAGUUCCAUUAAAUGAAUACCAAUUUCCUGUCAAUAAAAUUGCCAAUGUUCAAUCACAGUCUAUUUUCAAUCUGAAUAAUUUGGAUCUUCAAAAAGUUGGCAAAUCAUUUGGUUUUCAGGUACCACCUAAAGUAAAUAUUAACAUUGGGUCUAGUGGAAGAGAAUCUAAAAUUAGUCAUAAAGAUUAUAGUCAUAGUAGUAGCAUUAAUAGAAAUAGAAAAUUCAACAAUGAUGAUAAUGAUAAUUUUGAUAAAAAAGCUCAUUUUGUAAAACAAAGGAAUAGUGCAAUAGUUAAAGAUAAGACAAACAAUGGAGUAGAUAAAUACAAUAAUAAAAUAAAUGAUUAUGUAAAAUUAAACUGUUCAAAAGAUGGUUUUAGAUCUUAUUUAACAGCUUAUGCUUCAUAUUCAUUAAAGUCUAUUUUCAAUCUGAAUAAUUUGGAUCUUCAAAAAGUUGGCAAAUCAUUUGGUUUUCAGGUACCACCUAAAGUAAAUAUUAACAUUGGGUCUAGUGGAAGAGAAUCUAAAAUUAGUCAUAAAGAUUAUAGUCAUAGUAGUAGCAUUAAUAGAAAUAGAAAAUUCAACAAUGAUGAUAAUGAUAAUUUUGAUAAAAAAGCUCAUUUUGUAAAACAAAGGAAUAGUGCAAUAGUUAAAGAUAAGACAAACAAUGGAGUAGAUAAAUACAAUAAUAAAAUAAAUGAUUAUGUAAAAUUAAACUGUUGUUAA